CACCUGCCUCGUGUUGCCUCUCCUCUCCCUUUCCUCUUCAGACCUAACUCGAGAUCUUACUUAAAGGGAAGAAACGGGGUUAGUGUAAACUGAAAAAACAACAAAAGAAAAUGGCUGCGUUGACAAUGGCACAAGACUAGUUUGAGGCAAAUUUUAGAGAAGAGUUAUUUCAAAAGUAUCUGCAGUGUCUGAAGUACUUGGUGCCAAGUAAUGUCUAUUAUAACACCAAUGAAGAACUAAAGACUGCAGCCCAGAAUCCAUCUUCCAAGUCUCGGCAUGGAUACUACAUUCUCCAGAAGUGUGAAGCUCUUCAGUGUGGAGACAUUGAAAAGCUGAUCAAGAAACGCAAGAGUGUAGAUGUGACUAUUGAAGAUACUUAUGACAUCAUCAAGAGGGCACACAUUGCAACAGGGCAUGGUGGACGUGACAGAAUGAAGUGAAAUUUCGGGGCAAAGUAUCCUAACAUCGCAAAAGAAGCUAUUGAAUUAGUCAAGUCCUAUUGCCAAGAAAAGAGAAAGCGAAAUAAGACUGCUGGGUUGUUGUGAAGCUCCUCUUGAGCAGUGAAUUCAAUUCCGUAGCCAAGUUGACCUUGUGGAUAUCAGUUGAAGUGGAUCAUGGUCUACCAGUACCACCUCACCAAGUUUGUCAUACUUCAAGCACUUACAUCAAAGAGAGCUGCUGAAGUUGCCUUUCAACUGCUCGAUAUAUUCCUUUUGUUUGGAGCUCCUGGCAUACCGCAAAGUUACAAUUCUUCUGAAUUCACAGCUAAAGUGAUCUCAGACUUGAAGGAAGUUUGUCCACAACUCAUUAUGGUCCAUGGUAAACCAACUCAUCCACAAAGCCAAGAUUCAGUAGAACGAGCCACUGGUGACAUCAAGGACAUGUUGCAUGCAUGGAUGGCAGACAACAAGACACAGGGUUGGUUCGUUUAGUUCAACACCAAAAGAACUCUGCUCAUCAUUGCGGUAUCAAGCGCACUCCAUUCAAAGCAUUGUUUGGCACUGAUCCUAGGGUGAGUUUGGCAACAUCGAGUCUUCCUCUAGAGGUCCUUGAAAGAUUACAGUCAGAAGAUGACUUCCUUGCCCUCUUUGCUAGUCCUUCAGAAGAGGAAGUUCUUGCUCAAGAUCCCCAACCUUCACCAGCAUCUGCAGCACCAGCUCCCACCUCUCAGCCUACACCUGCUCAAAACCCCCGGAUCCCACCAGCAUCUGCAGCACCAGCUUCCACCUCUCAGCCUACACCUGCUCAAGACCACCAACCUUCAGCUCUUACAAAACGCCAGAGUGUGAUAACAGAACAGAGGAAGAGCGCCAGGGAGGUACAACUCUCCCAGCUGAACCCAUGGUGAAACGCAGCCGGAUAGACUUCAAGACUGUGCCAUCCCCAUGGUGUUAUCAUUGGUCACAGUGACAAUGAUUUGUACACAUAGCUGUGAAGAAUGGGAUUCUGACGACCAAGCACUCCUGCAAUCAAUCUGAUAUUUGUCCUCAAAGACUUCUUACUCUGUCUGAUGUCAACCAAGAAGACCUGGUUUCCUUGCGACAGGCUCUGAAGAAAUCAACUACUGGUGGGCAAGGAUUUGUCAAAUGUGAUUGUGCUGCAAGUAAGAAGUGUUGUACUAGCAGAUGUAAAUAUUUCAAGGAUAAUCUCAAGUGUAAUAGACGUUGUCAUAGUAGUACUACAUGUCGAAAUAAGUAAAUGUCAAAUUGUUGUCUAAAAUUUGUUGAUGUCUGUGAUUUGUAUGUAUUUGACUGUACAUGUGUAUGUAUUUCACCUGAA